AUGUGCAACGGAUUCAAGUCCUUGCCAGAAUGCCCUGAGUGUCCGACUACCACAACACUAUUGCUCCAGAGAAAUGAAGAGCUGGACACAAUUGAUGAUUCUUUUUUUGCUUCCAUGGUGCAGCUCAGAGUUCUUGAUCUCCAUCACACCAAAAUAGAAUCACUACCAUCAUCUAUCACCAAGUUAGUUGAACUGAAAUCCUUGUAUCUCAAUGAGUGCCGGGAUUUGGUUUCACUACCCGAACAUCUUGGAAAACUUACCAAUCUCGAGAUUCUUGACAUCCGAGACACAGGCCUGCAGAGCUUGCCAACUGAAGUUGCACAGUUAGUAAGCCUGAGGUGCCUGAGAGUUUCCUUUGUUUACGAUCCUCUCAUAGCAAGGUCUAAUGGGGAUCAUAACAAAGAGGAUAAUCAGCCACGACGGAUUAUUCCCAUAAUGAGAUAUUGGCAAGAUAACGGUUUAAGAGCAUUCAGAAUCAUAGUUGGCUCAAAUGGGGAAAACCAUAACAAGGGGUUACAUAGUUCUAGAGGACCAGCUGAACGGCACCUGAGAUUUUCUGCAGGUGAAAAUGUCUGUUGUGAAGCAAUUCAAAAGGUUCUCAGAAGGUCCAGUGCUUUUGAAUUGAUUGGCAACCAAGACACUAAAAGUUUAUCAGACAUUGGAAUUGACUGUAUGAGGUCGUUGGCAGUUUGUGUAGUAGAAGGCUGUGAUCAGAUCAGCUCCAUCAUCAGCUGUGGCUCUGAUGCUGCUAGGAUUGUAUUUCCAUUCCUUGAGAAGCUACAUCUGGUUAACCUCAAGAGUUUGUGCUGCAUAUUGGAUGGUUCUAAUCUCAAGCAUCUGAAGAUUCAAGAUUGUUUGGGGAUUGAAGAGGUGAUAGAAACCGGGGAGAUACAGCCGCCCAAUGGAGGAUUGCCCAACCUUACUGGCUUCCUGCCAAAAUUGGAGAUUCUGGAGCUCGUGAAUCUUCCACUUCUGGUAAGCAUAUGUAAGAAUGACUCACUAGAUUGGCGUUCCUUACAGAAAAUAGAGAUCAUUGAUUGCUCCAAGCUAAAUACUUGGUCAAGAGGGAUGUACAAUGCAAAGCAUUUAAGAAAGAUUGAAUGCCAAGAACGCUGGUGGGGUCGGUUACCUGAUGAAGUUAAAGGGCAGCUAAAGAAGAGGUGUUAUUUCAUCUGGGAAGAAGCACCUUCUGUUUAUUACACACCAAGGGAGGAUGGAAGUCAUCAGCCUCCUGACUUGCGAAACCUGUCUGACAGAUUGGAGCAACACCGGAUGCGCCAUGAAGAUUCAAUCUCCCAAGGAAGCUCAUCAAGGAGGUAUAGUCCUUGA